AUGACGUGGGAGAAGUGUGACAGAGCGUGCCGGGGACCAGAUGGAUGGAAUGGAUUCUCCGUGGUAAAGAUAAACAAACUUGCGGCGACAGCUUCUGUGGAUGUAACGGGGUCGUCAAAGAAGUCCGAGUUGUUUGAUGACUGGGAUAAAGCGGAGGGCUGUCUUGUGCCAAAGGAGGAGAACUCCUCAACCAUUGACCAAUUUAGAACAAUCUCACUGCUAAGCGUAGAAGGAAAAAUAUUUUUUUCGGUACUGGCCAAGAGGAUGACCUCGUACAUGACAGAGAAUGGAUACAUUAACACUGUUAUCCAGAAAGGUGGAAUUCCAGGCUUCUCUGGAUGCCUGGAACACACUGGAGUUCUGAGUCAGAUGAUCCGUGAGGCUAAAUCCAGCAAAGGCAACCUGACUGUUGUCUGGUUGGAUUUGGCCAAUGCCUAUGGAUCCAUCCCUCACGUUCUCAUCCAUGCAGCGUUAGAUCACUACCACAUCCCUCAGCACAUUAAGGGAAUGAUCACCAGUUACUUUAGAGGAAUCCAGCUACGUUUCAAGACGGCACAUUUUACAACUCAGUGGCAAAGCCUGGAAAAGGGUAUCGUAACUGGUUGCACAAUUUCCCCCAUUCUUUUUGUCAUGGGAAUGAACCUCUUAAUAACAGCUGCGGAGAAGGAAGCCCGUGGUCCAAUAAUGGAGUCAGGCAUCCGACAACACGCAAUAAGAGGUUACAUGGAUGACCUCACUGUGACAACCACUACCCAUGUGGAGGCAAGGUGGGUGCUAACUGCUCUGGACCACAUGGCGACGUGGGCCAGAAUGAAGUUCAAGCCAAAGAAAUCCAGAAGUAUGGUGAUCAGAAACGGGAAGUUGACAAACAGAUUCAAGCUGCAUGUACAAGAGGAAGUGAUUCCAUCGAUAGAGGAGAAUCCAAUCAAAUGUCUAGGAAGGUGGUAUGAUAACUCACUUUCAGACAGGAACAGCAUAGCCAGUAUGGAAAAGCAGUUGGAGGAGUGGCUGAGGAGGAUCGAAAAAUCAGGGCUUCCUGGGAAGUUUAAAGCUUGGCUCUAUCAACACGGACUGUUGCCAAGGCUCAUGUGGCUCCUGACUGUGUAUGAGGUCCCAAUGACAUGCGUUGAAGGAAUGGAAAGAAAGAUCAAUAAGUACCUUCGAAAGUGGUUGGGAAUUCCUCCAAGCUUCACUGCAGUAGGACUGUAUAUAAGAUCAGGACAGCUUCAACUUCCCCUGUCAUCCGUGGUAGAGGAAUUCAAAGUUGCAAAGUGCAGAGUUGUAAUGACGUACAGAGACUCCCAGGAUGAACAAGUCAGACAUGCAGGCGUCAUU